UGUCGGUUUCCCACCAGACGCGCCCUCGUCGACCUCUACACCGCUGACCAAGUUCAUCUUCUCCCUGGUUACCCAAGGAACGCCUCAGGCUCCUUUCAGGUGGCAUUUUACGUCCAGCAGCCAAGGGGUCUUUUCAUUGGAAAUGCGUCCAUAUUACCUGGAGAAACACUGGUCAACAUUGUUAAAACAUACAAGUCAGAGAUGGAGACAGCCAUCGGCGCCAACAUUUCACGAGUUGAAGCGUUCAUUCAAUCCCUCUUGACGCCAACAACAACAUCACCGACAACGCUACCAACAACGCUACCGACAACGCUAGCGACAAAAGUGCCAGACAGCAAUGAUACCACCAAGUGGAUUGCUAUUGGUGUGGGAAUUGGGGUGUUUGUCUUGAUUUGUUUUAUUUUGCUCGUAACUUUAUGGUAA